AUGUCGUACGGGCCCUCAAACAACGGUGGUUACCGGUUCUCAUCUGGUAACAACAUGUAUUCAGAUCGAAACCAAGUUCAACCAGAACAACCGGGUACGAAAGCUAGCCAGCUUUAUAUGGGCGAUCUGGACCCGUUUUGGGACGAAUCUGUCAUAAGAGGUAUUUGGGCGUCUCUAGGUGAGCCUCAUGUACAAGUGCGUCUCAUACGCGGUACGGGGAAUCCUGGAAUGGGAUCAGGAGGGAACCAAGGUUACUGCUUUGUGGAAUUUCCAUCUCAUUUAAAUGCUUCCAAUGCGCUGCUGAAAAAUGGAUUACCAUUACCUAGCUUCCCAGGCAAAGUUCUAAAACUUAACUGGGCAUCUUUUGCAACGGCGCCUGGCAAUGAACAUUCUAUCUUUGUGGGCGAUUUGGCGCCGAACGUCAACGAAGCGCAGCUUUUCGAGCUUUUCAUAUCGCGGUUUGCGUCUACCUUAAAUACUAAGAUCGUAUUCGACCAAAUGACAGGUGUUUCUAAAGGUUAUGGGUUUGUUAAGUUCGGCUCAGAAGCGGAGCAAAGAAGGGCGUUGCUUGAGAUGCAAGGAGUAUUCUUGAACGGUAGAGCCAUCAGGGUGAGUACGACGUCCAAGAACAAACCUAAAUACCAACAACAACCUGCAUUACAGCAACAAACUGAUUCGGCCUUUGGUAUCGAUUUUGCCGUGAGACAGCAGCGUCAACAUCAGCACCAGAAAUUUAGUCAACAGCAAGCGCAAAUGCGAGGUCUAUACGCCUAUCCUGUCCAGCCGCAACCUCAACUUUCUCAGUUCACGGAUCCAAACAACACUACCGUUUUUAUCGGCGGUUUGUCAUCUUUGGUAACCGAGGAAGAACUACGCACGUAUUUUGAACCUUUUGGUCCCAUCGUCUACGUCAAGAUCCCUCUUGGGAAAGGUUGCGGAUUUGUCCAAUAUGUGGAAAGAAUUUCAGCUGAGACGGCCAUUGCUAAAAUGCAAGGAUUCCCGAUUGGAAAUUCACGCAUAAGGCUUUCGUGGGGUAGAAGUGCCAAGCAGGCAGCUGCAAUGCAACAGGCCGUUGCCUCGGCAUUUCAGGAUCAACAACAACAACACCAACACCAGCAGCAAGAUCAACAGCAACAAUUGGCUGCGUCUCAACAACAGGCUGCCAGUAACGUGCCAUAUCAGCGCCAGUUGGCUAUGCCCGCUGUUUAUGGCUAUGCUACUACCUGGGACUCACUUAAUGGAGGGUUUGGACUCUUUUCGCAAAACGCCUCUACAAGUUCGUUUAACGACUCGGCAAAGCCGUCGGCAAAUUCUUUGAUACCUGGUUUGGCGAACAUGGAGUUUACAAGUCAGCCCAUGAGACCUGGCAACAGCAUUGGUUCCAAUGAGCAAUAUGCCUCUGCUGUUUCUCAGGGGUUUGAAACCUUUCCCCAAGAAUUUGCAGUCUCGGCGCGCUCAGGGGAAAAUGGCGGUUUGUUCGCUCAUCCACAAAUUACUAUUCAAGGGCAUGACAUCUAUGUCAACCGUACAGCCGCUUCCAUUGAUCGGCUCGAACAAGGUAGCAACGGUUUCGUCUUUGCAUGA